AUGUCUAAUAAUCAAGUUGAAUGCAGUUGCUCAGUAUGCUCUCCAAAUAGCAGAUACUCUGUUAUGGUCUCUUUCCAGACACACCGUAGACAUUUUGCAGAUGAUGUACAAAGAUAUUUCCAAAGACAAUUUUUGCUAUCUGCAGAAGCACUAGACAUGGUAAAUAACGAUGCUAAUGACAUGGAGAUUGAUGCCGAGACAAAUAUUUCUGAAGAUCUUGAAUUUGUUCACGACUUACCUGGUUCUAACAACAAGGAUUUGUCCAACUCUUACGAAUUUAAUAACGAAUCUGAAAACAUUGAAGAACAAUUUUUUAGCCAUGAAAUGCCAGCAGAUCUAACUCACGCUUUCAUCACAUCCUUUGCUGCAUAUUUUAUAUCCAAAUAUGUGGUCAAUUCUGGUGGUACUAUCUUUAUCAAGUUUAUCAAUGAGGUGCUGGCACACUUUGGACAAUCAUUCCGCCUGCUGUUGAGUCUGAAGCAUUUGAAUUCAUUGAUGGGUCUAAGUACAUUGACUGCAGGCAUCCAUCGCUUUGUAGCAUGUGGCGAAUGCCAUAAGAUUUUUUCCGAGUCAGCAUCCAAGUCCAUUCCCCAGUGUUGUGACUUCAGAAAGUUGUCCGGAAACACAUGUGGAAACAAUUUGUUUUUGGAAGCCCCCAAUAGCUUGGAUAGACCAAGAAAGGUCUACAUGUACAACUCGAUAAUAACAGCAUUGUCCAUCUUCUUUUUGCAUCCUGGAUUUGAGAGAUCAAUCAACCUCUGGAGAUUCCGACAACAAGUAUCAGGAACUCUGUUCAAUAUGUACGACGGGGCAAAAUGGAACUCAUUGAAAGAUAAUACUGGUCAAUAA